AUGAAUUGUCCAAGCAGACCAGACGAUGUCGAAAGACAUCCCGACUGGAAUCAGAAUCCACAUUCUCUAAAUGCGGACGCUACAACCAGAGCCGAUCUCAACGGCGUGGUAAAUCAAAGAGCCCAGAGAGAUCAUGAAGGACGCAUAAGUCCAGAUGAGCUGCAGAGCGAGUACAUGAGUACGGUUCCUCCACAAACUGCUCCAAACGACAUCAAAUGCGAAAAGGAAGGGUCACUCGUGGCGGCUUCGAACAAGCACGACUCUCCAGAUCAAUCACUACCAAAUAGCCGUCAAAACAGCUUCUCCUUCCGCAACAACGAGGGAGAAGCACCUGACCAACGACCGUGGCAUAGUCGUGCAGCAAGCAAGGUCACGAAUGUGAUCUCAAAAUAUGCUAAGUUUGUGGGGCCAGGCUUUUUGAUAGCAGUCGCCUAUAUUGAUCCCGGUAAUUAUGCCACUGAUGUCGAGGCAGGAGCGUCAACCAGAUAUGCGCAUCUUUUCAUUAUCCUCAUGUCGAACCUUUUUGCCAUCUUCCUACAAUCACUCUGCAUCAAGCUUGGCAGUGUGACUGGACUUGACCUCGCGGAAAAUUGUCGAAGACAUCUUCCAAAGUGGAUGAUUUGGCCUCUGUACAUACUGUCUGAGGGCGCCAUCAUUGCAACCGAUGUUGCAGAGGUAGUGGGAACUGCCAUAGCUCUCAACCUUUUGCUAAAGGUGCCUCUGGUGGCUGGCUGCGCCAUUAGUCUGGUCGACGUCUUCUUGCUCCUUCUCUUCUACAAACCCGAUGGUAGCAUGACUCGUCUUCGCAUAUUCGAAUACUUCGUUAUGUUCCUGGUUCUGGGCGUCAUGAUAUGUUUCAGCAUCCAGCUUUCAUAUAUUAGGAAUGCUUCAGUUGGCCAAAUCUUUCGUGGAUAUUUGCCAUCCGCAGCUGUUGUCGAGGACAACGGCGUCUAUCUUUCUUGUGGCAUUCUAGGAGCAACAGUCAUGCCACACAGCAUUUUCCUCGGAAGUGGUGUGGUUCAGCCGCGUCUCCGGCACUUUGAUGAACAAACGGAAGGUCUGUCAGAUGCACGGCGGUCUAACAAAGCUUACGACAUCACUCAAGAUCUCGAUCAGAAGUACCGACCCACGAUCAAAGCAAUUCGUUCGUGCUUAAAAUACAGUAUCGUCGAACUAGCAACAAGCCUCUUCACUUUCGCUUUGUUCGUGAACAGCGCUAUCCUGAUCGUUGCAGGUUCAAGCCUGUACGACACAGAAGCCGCAGAAGCUGAUCUCUUCGGGAUCCAUGACCUACUAGUCCGCUCUAUCUCUCCUGCUGCUGGUGUCCUCUUCGGCCUCGCACUACUUCUGUCCGGUACCAGUGCCGGCAUUGUCUGCACCAUGGCCGGACAAAUGGUAUCAGAGGGUAUGAUCAGAUGGAAACUCAAGCCAUGGCUGCGAAGACUCCUCACAAGAUCAAUAUCAAUCGUUCCUAGCAUAAUCAUUGCAGGUGCAGUAGGCAAAGAAGGUCUCAACCGAACACUUACAGCCAGUCAAGUCGCACUCAGCGUAGCGCUGCCUUUCGUCACAGCACCACUGUUGUGGUUCACCUGUAAAAGCAGUAUAAUGACCGUUUCUAGCGAUGGGCAAGGUAGGAGAGUCGAGCCUGAAGACGCUGUUGGAACUGUCAACAUGAGGAACGGCUGGAUUGUCGCGAUCCUAGGAGGGCUCAUCUGGCUCGUCCUCGUGGUCAUGAAUGUUGCACUGAUCGUCCUUGCGGCAAUGGGUAAGGCUUGA